AUGGCAAGUGUGAGUAAUUUCGGACAGUUGGGGGACGAGGACUUUGAUUGUUAUAUCGAACGCUUUGAGCUUCAUUUGGUAGCGCACGGCUACGAGGUCCCACAGGCGACUGCACCGGGCGGCGCCCAGCAGACUCCGGCGGAGAGAGCGUUGGAGAGGAAGGUGGUGGCAGUGUUUCUGAAUGCGUUAGGAGCAGAUGUUUAUAAGAGAGCUAGGGAUUUGUUAGCCCCAGCUAAGCCGGCAGAUCAAUCGUACCAUGAGCUGAAAGCAGUAUUACGCAGACAUUAUAAGAAGACACCGAUUACUGUAGCGGAAAGACGAAAGUUUAUCCGAAGGGAUCAGGCACAGGGAGAGUCUACGAAAGACUAUGUUGUGCAGCUGAAACAUUUGAGUUUGAAUUGUGAGUUUGCUGAUAAGCUCGAUGAACAGCUUCGUGAUAGGUUUAUCAGCGGAAUUAAGGAUGAAGGAACAGCCUUAAAGUUGAUGGAAAGGUCAGCAGAGAACCCCAACUUGUCAUUCCAGGAUGCUGUGUCUUUUGCCCUGGAUCGUGAGGUCACGCUGGGAGAAGCGAAAGCUAUGAGAACGGGGUCAGAUGGUGUUUCUGUGCACGCAGUAGCUGAUCAGAGGAGGAGAGCAGGAUCAAUGUUUUCUGGUCAGGGCAAUCCCGGCCAGCGCCAGGGUUAUCCCGGCGCGCGUCAGGGCAAUCCCGGCGCAUCGGCAUCGCACCUGUCUAAGAGGUCUGGAACAGGAAGACAGCAGAACCAGCACAAGGACUUUGAGUGUUUUCGUUGCGGACAGCAAGGACAUUUGGCGAAAGGGUGCAGCUUCCGAGGACAGUGCAGAAAAUGUGGAAAGAAGGGGCAUAUUGCUAGAAAAUGCAGGAGCAAAGACUGUGAAAAGUAUAAAUUUGAUGUAAAGAAAGACAGAGACAGUAAUCAAAAGAGAGACGUUAAGAGAAGUAGUGUUAAGAAGGUUGGUGCAAAUGAAACACAAGAAGAGUAUGAUAGGUAUGAUGAUAGGCACACUGGCCAUAAUGAGGAUUAUGAUCGUACUACUAUGUUCAAGAAUGAGGUUCACUCAGUUGGUAAUUCAGAGGGUAAUGCCCCACCCCCAAUAAUAGUAGAGGUAGAGAUAGAGGGUCACAAGAUCGCUAUGGAGUUGGACACCGGUUCAGGUGUUAGUAUAAUUCCGUACAGCAUGUAUAUGCAGUAUUUUACUCAUAUUCCUCUAGAGUCUAGUGUAAAGGUGUUCGUGUCAAUAAGUCCAGGUGAGACUGUACCUCGAGGUAAGAUAGAGGUAGAAGUAAAAUAUGGGAGCUUCAGAGGUAGUUUGAUGUUGUAUGUUGUAGACACCGAGUUUGUGUUAUUCGGCAGAGAUUGGUUGAGUUGUAUAAAGUUAGAUUGGGCUGCAAUAAUCUCUCAGUCUGGUAGAAGUACUAGUUAUAGUUCGCGAAGUACUGAGGCAGUUACGGCAGUGCAUAGCUUAGAUAAGAUUUUGGGCAAACAUGAUCGCUUGUUUGAGCAGCGGCUAGGCCGUCUGACAAAAGUCAAGGCGCAUAUCAUAGUACGCGAAGAUGCACAGCCGGUCGUAACAAAACCGUUUCGAGUACCUUAUGCGAUGAAGGGAGCAGUGGAAAAAGAAUUGACGCGCUUGCAAGAAAAUGGCGUACUUACCCAGGUGGAGCACAGCCAAUGGAGCACAAGCAUAGUGGCCGUGCCCAAGAAAGACGGUAGCGUACGAAUUUGCGGUAACUAUAAGACCACAGUGAAUCCAAAUCUCGAACCGGUACCUCCUCCAAAUAUCAAUGUCGAAGAUAUUCUAGCGAAUUUGAAUGGAGGGGUCCUCUUUUCGAAGUUAGACUUGGCACAUGCGUACAAUCAGUUGGAACUCGAUGAAGAGUCAAAGAAGUAUUUGAUACUCUCAACCCACAAGGGUCUGUUUCAACAGAAUCGACUCGUGUUUGGAAUUACCAGCGCACCGAGUAUUUGGCAGCAGACGAUUGAACAAGUUUUGCAAGGACUCCCGGGUGUCCAAGUAUACCUAGACGACAUUUUAGUAACCGGUCGUACUGAGCUAGAGCACUACGAGAAUCUAGACAAAGUGCUCACGCGCUUAGAAGAGAGAAAUCUCACUCUAAGGCAGGAGAAAUGCAGGUUUGCGCAAGAAUCGAUUGAGUUUUUGGGGCAUAUCAUUGAUAGGAGCGGAGUACAUAAGACCCCUGACAAAAUGAAGAAGCUCGAGGAGCUAGAAAGACCACAAAGUGUUUCAGAGUUGAGGUCUUAUUUAGGCCUAUUGAACUAUUACAGGAAGUUCAUACCUAAUUUGGCCCACGAAAUCGCGCCGCUUACAGACUUAUUGAAGUCAGAACGAAAAUUUGUGUGGAAUAUCGAAGCAGAGCGAGCAUUUCUACGCUCCAAGUCAUUGUUGAAAUCAUCGGGAUUUCUUGCACAUUUUGAUCCGACUUUACCGAUGACGGUUGCCACGGAUGCCAGUCCGAUAGGAAUAGGGGCGGUUCUAUCGCAAAUUUAUGCGAGUGGUGAGGAAAGGCCAGUCAUGUUUGCCUCACGUGCGUUGACAAAGGCAGAACGCAAUUAUCCGCAAAUAGAGAGAGAAGCGUUGGCGAUAGUGUUCGCACUUAGAAGAUUCCACAUGUAUAUAUUCGGUCGUAAGUUCACACUGGUGACUGACAAUAAGCCACUCACAGCUAUAUUCGGACCGUACAAGAGCUUGCCUGCUCUAGCAGCCGAACGGAUGCAGCGAUGGGCGAUGUACCUGGCAGGCUUUGAUUAUGAUAUUCGAUAUCGUACAUCCCAAGCGAAUGCCAAUGCCGAUUGUUUUUCACGGUUACCUGACAGAAAGGAAGAACCGGAUGUUCAAGAACCGGAAAAUGUAGCUAUCUGUCACGUAGAUGCUUUACCGAUGAGUUAUGAGGAAUUGCGCAACGCGACGCGCAAGGACAAGACACUGUCGAGAGUAAUGCGCUAUUCUCUAGAUGGGUGGCCUAAGCGGUUACCGGAAGCAGACAAAGAUCUGCAAGGCUUCUAUGGGCGCAGAUUCGAGAUUACCAUAGAAAAAGGAAUUUUGUUAUGGGGAAUGCGAAUCGUGGUACCACUGAAAAUGCGCAGUGCAGUUUUGCAAGAAGUACAUGAAGGGCACUUAGGCGUAGUCAAAAUGAAGGCCAUUGCGCGCAGCCACGUAUGGUGGCCUGGCAUUGAUGCGCAAAUUGAAGAUGCGGCGAAGCAAUGUCAAACAUGUCAGGUGGUUCAGAAGCAACCAUCGCCAAGUCCAUUGCAUCCAUGGAUCCCAGCAACGCGGCCUAUGGAGAGGAUUCAUGUAGAUUUUGCGGGUCCCUUGGAAGGACUGAUGUUCAUGAUUGUUGUUGAUGCAUAUAGUAAAUGGCCAGAGGUGACUAUUAUGCCAAAUAUUACUACCGAGAAAACCAUUGAAGCAUUGAGAAGCAUAUUUGCAAGAUUUGGACUACCACAGAUCCUAGUAUCGGACAAUGGUCCACAGUUUACAUCCGCGGAAUUCACAGAAUUCAUGAAGUUGAAUGGAAUAGUGCAUAAGCGAAGCGCGCCCUAUCAUCCGAGUACAAAUGGGCAGGCCGAGCGUUUCGUACAAUCAGUGAAACAAGCACUGAGAGCAUCCAAAUCAGACGCAGGAAAUGUUCAGUCGAGAUUGGACAGAUUUCUUUUGGCAUACCGGAAUGCCGCACAUUCGGUUACGGGCGAAUCUCCCGCAGCGUUGUUCUUGAAUAGACCUUUGCGUAGUAGGUUGGAUAACCUCCGCCCUAACGUCACAAGAAGGUUUGCGAGCCAAUUACACGAGCAAACCAUGCAGAGAGAAACACACAGGAAGACCAAUAGAUUGCGAAAAUUUGAGAUAGGUGACCAUGUUUUGGCCCGUGAUUAUGUAGGAAGGAUUAGAUGGGUACCAGGUCAAAUAGUAGACAGGGAAGGUCCUUUAGGAUAUAAAGUACAGGUUGAGAAAGGGGUAUGGCGAAGACAUGUAGAUCAAUUGUUGCCUAGAUUAGUAAAGGAAGAUGGAGAGACUGAAACUCCAGGUACAGAGUUUGACUUAGAUACAGAGAUAGAAAAGUUACAGAGUAGAUACAAUGAUGUUGGUAGAGAUCCAAUAGGUAUUGGUACCAGGGAGCCUCAAACUAGGGCAGAUUUGUCUAUGCUAGAACCAUCUCAACGAAUGGGUAGUAUGGAAAAUGAAACAAAUGGGAAUCAGGUGGAUUUUCCCAAACCUGACAGCUUCAGGUUGAGAAGAUCUGACAGGGUAAGAAAGCAACCCAGUAGACUUGUUGAAACUAUUAGUAGUAAUAGUAGUAAUAGUAGUAGAAGAAGUAUUAGUAGUGGUGGUGGCAGCAGUGGUAGUGCUGGUGGGGAUGGUGGUGGUGGUGGCAGUGGUAGUGCUGGUGGGGAUGGUGGUGGUGGUGGUGGCAGUGGUAGUGCUGGUGGGGAUGGUGGUGGUGGUGGUGGCAGUGGUAGUGCUGGUGGGGAUGGUGAUGGUGGCAGUGGUAGUGCUGGUGGGGAUGGUGGUGGCAGUGGUAGUGCUGGUGGGGAUGGUGGUGGUGGUGGUGGCAGUGGUAGUGCUGGUGGGGAUGGUGGUAGUGCUGGUGGGGAUGGUGGUGGUGGCAGUGGUAGUGCUGGUGGGGAUGGUGGUGGUGGCAGUGGUAGUGCUGGUGGGGAUGGUGGUGGUGGUGGUGGCAGUGGUAGUGCUGGUGGGGAUGGUGGUGGUGGUGGUGGCAGUGGUAGUGCUGGUGGGGAUGGUGGUAGUGCUGGUGGGGAUGGUGGUGGUGGUGGUGGCAGUGGUAGUGCUGGUGGGGAUGGUGGUGGUGGCAGUGGUAGUGCUGAUGGGGAUGGUGGCAGUGGUAGUGCUGUUGGGGAUGGUGGUUGUUGUGGUAGUAGUGGUCGUGGUUGUGGUGGUAGUGGUGGUGGUGAAGGUGACAGCAAUAGUAGCGACAGUCUUGGUGGAAGUAGUAGCGGUGGUAUUAUUGGUCGAGGUGGUUGUAGUAGUAACUGUACAUAA